AGGAGAGAGAGAGAGAGAGAGUAUUGAACGCAUGAAGGCAGUGCGAAAUAAAAACUUAGUAACAAAAAUCAAAAUAAGCAAAAUUAUGGCUCUUUCCCUUCCGCAGCCGUUACGUCACGACUGAAACUCAUAUCAGCUCUCUCUCUCUCUAUAUAUUUUUUUUAAUUUCAGUUUCACUAAAUUCCAUCUGGGUUUUUCUUUUUAUAGAUUGUUUGAUCUGUUUUCGUGGAUUUUAUUACCCAAUUUCUGGGUAAAAGAUUGAAUUUUUAUUUAAUUGAAAAAAUUGAUCUGGGGUGGUGAAAAAUAAAAAAAUGAUGGAGGAGAGUAGGUUGUGUCAGUGGAGUGUAAUUCGAUCUGUAUUGGCUAUCUUCCAAUGGUGGGCUUUCAAUGUCACUGUUAUCAUCAUGAACAAAUGGAUCUUUCAGAAACUGGACUUCAAGUUUCCAUUAUCAGUGUCGUGUAUUCAUUUCAUUUCUUCGUCGAUCGGUGCAUACAUGGUUAUAAAAGUUCUGAAGCUUAAGCCUCUAAUUCAAGUUGACUCCGAAGAUCGAUGGAGGAGAAUAUUCCCCAUGUCGUUUAUAUUUUGUAUAAACAUAGUUUUGGGGAAUGUGAGCCUGCGGUAUAUUCCAGUUUCGUUCAUGCAAACCAUCAAAUCUUUCACCCCUGCAACAACAGUUAUCUUGCAGUGGCUAAUCUGGAAAAAAUACUUCGACUGGCGAAUUUGGGCUUCUCUGAUUCCGAUUGUUGGAGGGAUUCUUCUCACUUCAGUCACAGAACUCAGUUUCAACAUGUUUGGAUUUUGUGCUGCUUUAUUCGGCUGUGUCGCUACUUCUACUAAAACCAUUCUCGCAGAAUCUCUGUUGCAUGGAUACAAAUUCGACAGUAUAAACACAGUAUACUACAUGGCACCAUUUGCAACGAUGAUCUUGGCAAUACCAGCCUUGCUUCUAGAAGGUUCCGGAGUUUGGGAAUGGCUUCACACAUGCCCCUCACUUUUCUCAUCACUCGUUAUAAUUUUCGGGUCCGGAGUUUUAGCCUUUUGCCUCAACUUCUCCAUCUUUUACGUCAUUCACUCCACCACCGCUGUCACCUUCAAUGUUGCCGGAAAUCUUAAGGUUGCAGUUGCUGUUACAUGUUCAUGGCUGAUAUUUCGAAACCCGAUUUCAAUGAUGAAUGCCGUUGGAUGUUCUAUUACACUCGUCGGAUGUACUUUCUAUGGAUAUGUGAGGCAUAUGCUUUCGAAUCAAUCACCCGGUACACCUCGUACGCCUCGUACUCCGAGAGGAAAAAGCGAGCUGAUGGGAUGAAUUAACGAGAAAUUAGACGAUGAAGUCUGACUAAAGGCGUAAUCUUUGCGAUUACUGUAGAAAGUAGUUUUUUUUUUCUCUUCAUUGAAUACCUAUCAAGAUUUCACCUUUAUCAAAUAUACAUGACACCCUUUUCUUCGUUUAACAGAUGACGAUCGAUCAUUAACAUAUUUAUUAUUGUACGAAGAGGUGAAUGUAAGAACUUUUCAGGUUGUUCUAAUAGCAAUAUAUAUAUAUAUUCGAGUAUUUGAUGCU